AAAAUCAAUAAUGAGAGUGAUUUAUUUAGUUUUAGGCGCAUGUUUAGUUUUUGUUUCAAUUCCAAUGUUUUAUGAUAAUACUGAUAGUGCUUUAUGGUUGGAAAAGACAGAAGCUCACACAUUUUUUAUAAGUUCAUCAAAUAGACGAUCACUAUUAUAAGAAAAGUAUUAAUAAUAGACCAUAUUAGUCAUGAGAUGAUAAGAUAAUAAGUAGAAGCAGAAGAAAUAGAGAGAGUGCUAAAAUUAUAAUAAUUAUUUGAAGAAUCAAAAAAUAUAUGUUUAAAUGGUAAGGAUCCUAAAAAGUGGAGUUAUGAAUAGAUAGUAAAUGAAUUUAUAAAAGGUCCUUGUGCUCCAGUAAUUUUAGUUCCAGGAUUGGCAGGGACAUCUUUGGAAGUAUUAAUAAAAUAGAAUUAUAGAUUGAAGUAGAUUGUGAAAAACUAUAGAAGGAAAGUCCAGAAGUAUUUGAUAGUUGUGGUUGGUAGACAUGUAAUUCAUGGUAUUUUUGGUAUUCAAAACCAGAUACAGAGUAUAGACUUUGGAUUUCAACAACUACAAGCACAGUAGGUGUAAUAUAGACAAGUUCUAAAGAUCACUGUUUUGGUAAUUUAAUGGAAUUGAAAUAUGAUUCUAUUACAUAAAAACAUUUAGAAACACCUGGAAUUAGAGUAUUAUAUAUAAUUUAAUGAAUAUAGGUAACUUAUUAUGGAAAUACACCCAGUACAUAGAAAUAUAAUGAAUGUGGUUUAGGAGGUAUAAAAGAAAUGACUGAUGAUUAUCUAAUCAAAUAUAUGAUGUGUGAUUAUAAAGGAUUUUUAAAUAUUGGAGAUUUAUUGAAAAAUAUGGGAUUUGUAAGUGGACUUUUAUUUUAAGCUAUACCUUAUGAUUAUAGAAAAGGUAUUCAAUAAUCUGAAGCAAAAUAAUUAAUUAAAUAAAGCAUAUCAAAUUUAAAUAAAAUCACUGGAAAGAAAGUAAUUAUAUUAACUCAUUCUUUGGGUUCUUUACAUACUCUGAAUGUGCUUGGAGAAAUGACUAAAUAAGAUAAAUAGAACUCAAUAGCAACAAUUAUGACUAUGGGUGCACCUUAUUUAGGUUCAUCUAAAGCUGUUAGAGCACAUUUAGGAGGUGAUCCAUCAUUCUUAGAUACAUUUUUAGGUCUGACUGUAGGAAUUAAUUAUUUUAAUUAAAAUAAAGCUAUCAAUUCAGCUUCAAGUUAAGUUGAUAUAUAUCCUAAGACUACAUUCUUUUAAUAUUUAAAUGAAACAUGGAUGCAAGAUAUCUUAUUAAGAAUUUAAUAAGAAAAAGAUUUUAUUGAUAAUAAAACCAAUCAUGUAAAUGCUAUCUCAUGGUUUCCAAAUCCUACAGAAAUAUGUACUAAUCUAACAGACUUUAAAUCAUAAUGUUUGAUUCAUUUAUAAGAUUUAAAAGAUUAUUUCAUUGAAAUUGGAAAUUAAAAGUUUACUGCUUAAGAUAUUAAUCAAUUAUUAGAAAAUUAUACUAUUAAUGGUACAAUUAUCUAAUAAUAUUAUUAAAAUCAUUAAUCUAAUACAUUAAAUUCUUUGUAAAAUCCUGAAGUUCCAUUCAUUGUUUUGUAUGGAGGAUUUGCUUAAACUGAAUAUUAAUUCAAAUAUUUAAAGAACCCUUAGCAUGAAGUCUUAGAGAAAUAAGAUUUUUAUUUCCCAAACUCUACUACCUAUGCCAUUGGUGAUUAAACUGUUUUAACUUCCUCUGCUCUUACUCCUGCAAUUAAAUGGAUUUAUGAACAUUAAAAUGGUAAUACAAACAAUCCAGUUAAAGUUAUAUAAUAUUGCUCUAAUUAUAAAGGUCCAUUAUAAUUGAAUCUUUAUGAUUCCACUAUUGAUGGAGAAAAAUUAAUGACUCAAAGUGGAUAUAUCGGUUUAGAAUGUGAAUGUUUAAAAAAAGGAUCAGUAUUUAAUUUCAUUUAAUUUAUAGGCUAUAACUGAUUGCAAACAUUCUUGUUUAAUCAAUGACAAAUUUGUUGUUGACCUUGUUUCAUAACUUGUACGUAACAAUUAAAAAGCAAUUAUUGAUAAAACUCCAUUUGAUAAAAAUUAAUUAGAAGAAAUAGUGAAACUAUGUUCAAAUCUUUAGGUUAGAUGAAGAUUGAUACUUAUUAUUUUUAUCAAAUUUAAAACAAAAUUUGCAC